GUGGUGCUGAGUGGGCCUUGUUUCUCUAGUCCUCCUGGGCCUGGGAAGUCACCUCUAGAGCUCAGACAGCCACCGGGGGCCACUCCAGCACUGACUGUACCGCCUGAGAGUGCAGAGGAUGCACCUUGCCAAUCACCUGCUCCUCCUCCUGGCCGCACUGCUGGCUCUUUCUCACGGCCACCUACACCCUCAACAUAAAGGCCAGGGUGGCACCAACAGCUCCCAUCAGCAGGUUCCGGGGACAGAUGAGGGCUCCCCCAGCCUCAGGAUCGCCCCCGGCAAUACCAACUUUGCCCUCCGCUUCUACCACCUGAUCGCUUCCGAAAGCCCCAAGAAGAACAUCUUCUUCUCCCCGCUGAGCAUCUCGGCCGCCUUGGCCAUGCUCUCCCUGGGGGCCCGCUCGCACAGCCAGACCCAGAUGCUCCAGGGCCUGGGCUUCAACCUCACAGAGCUGUCCGAGUCUGACAUCCACGGGGGCUUCCAGCACCUUCUGCACAAUCUCAACCUCCCCAGCCGGGAGCUGGCAAUGCAUGUGGGCAGUGCCCUGUUCCUGAACCAGGACCUGCCGUUCCUCCCCAAAUUCCUUAAUGAGACCACGGCCUUCUAUGAGUCCAGACUCUUCCACACCGACUUCUCUGACACUGUGGGUACUACCCAGCUUAUCAACAACCACGUCAAGCAGGAAACUCAAGGGAAGAUUGUGGAUUUGGUCAGCAAGCUCAGCACGGACACCUUGAUGGUGCUGGUGAAUUACGUUUACUUCAAAGCUCUGUGGGAGAAACCGUUCGCUACCUCGAGGACCACCCACAGAGCCUUCUAUGUGGACGAGUCCACCACGGUCCAGGUGCCCAUGAUGGUGCAGGACAAUGAGCACCACUGGUACCUGCACGACCGGUACCUGCCCUGCUCCGUGCUGCGCAUGGAUUACAAAGGAGAUGCGACAGCGCUUUUUAUUCUUCCUAACCAAGGCAAAAUGAAGGAGUUGGAAGAGGUCUUGACUCCAGAGAUGCUAAGGAGGUGGAACAACUUGCUCCAGAAGAGGAAUUUUUACAGGAAACUGGAGUUGCAUUUCCCCAAGUUCUCCAUUUCCGGCUCCUAUACAUUACAUCAGAUUUUGCCCAAGCUGGGCUUCCACGACCUGUUCUCCCCUCGGGCUAACUUCUCCGGCAUCACGGGCCAGCUGAAACUGCAGGCGCCCAAAAGCUUCCACAAGGCCACCCUGGACGUGAACGAGGCCGGCACCCAGGCUACGGCGGCCACCAGCUCCUCCACCAGGUUCUUAUCCGCCCAGCACAGUCACCGAGUCCUGUGGUUCAACCGGCCCUUCUUCCUGGUGAUCCUCUCCGGCAGCACCCAGAGCGUCCUCUUUCUGGGCAAGGUCGUCGACCCCACACAGCCGUAGCCCUCCCGGGGCUGGCUCCUCUGCCGCCAGCUGGGGACGUGCUGGGGAGGGCUGGGUGUCAGCAGCUCCAUGUUCGGAGUGGGGGACCAGGAAGACUCCGAGACCCAGCACAGAAGGCCCAGGUCAGGGGGCAGGGUGUGGGUGGCACCAAGAUGGGCAUGGACUGGACACCCAGCUUCCAGGGCUGUGCAACCUGCGGCAGACAUCUCCUCUCUGAGCCAGUUUCCACCACUGGACAGUGGGGGAAAUCCUCCGGGGGGUUGUACAGAUUAAACAAAAUGGUGACUAUGGAAA